AUGAACCGCCGCAUCAGAAGCCGAUCCGCCGCCGUCGACGGCUACCUACGCUACCUAAAGCCAGGCGCUCUCGCUCAACUCCGCGACAGAAAAAUCAACGCCAGAACUCACUACAGAUCAUCCGAUUAUCAGAUCUUGUUAUCCAGAGCUUCACCGUCGUCUCCUGCUGCUGUUUCUCCGUCCAGAUCUGUUAACGCCGCUGGUUCCACUCCACAACCAGACGCCGCCGUUGUUGACGGCGAAUCGCCGUGUUUUUCGCCGAGAUUUUACGGUCCGCGGUGUCCGCAACGGAAGAAGUUAAUGGCUGUUAGAUUGUUUUGUUCUGAACCGUCAGAUGGUUCUGGUUCUGGAUCUGCUAUUGAUGCUUUUAGUAGUGAUUCUCUGGCUGCUCAUUGA